AUGGGUUCGGCCUGUGAGGCCUUCAUCAGCGCCCCUUCAUGUGCUUCGAUGCACUGUGGUGUUUCCUUGAGGCAGGUGCUACAGGCAGAAGAGGCGUCUGCAGUCAAGGAGAGAGAGAGUGGAAGUGAGAUUGAGCUUCAGGCAGAAGAGGCAUCCGCAGUUAAGGGGAGUGAGGGUGAUGGAGGGAGGCAGGAAGGUGCGGAAACAGCUACAGCUGACUUGUCACCAGCUCGCAAAAAUGUCACCACGGGGCACAGUGACGUGGCAUCUGCUGGGGUGGCAUCUGCUGAUGUGGCAACUGUUGACGUGGCGUCGCUGCAGCGCCAGCUGGCGGCGCUGGCCAGUCAGGUGCAGCAACUGCAGGGAUUGGUGGGUGCUGGUGGGGGAGGGGAUGGCGGGGGAGGGGAUGGCGGGGGAGGGGGAGGGGAGGGUAGUGAUAGAAGAAAGGGAGGGAAUGAUGGGGGAGGGAGCAAGAGAGGUGAAGGAGAGAGAGCGGUAGGAGGAGGAGAGGGAGAAGGGGGGGAAAGGAGGGAAAGCGGAGGCGGGAGAGGAGGGGGAGGAGGAAAGGCAGCAGGACUGGGAGGAGGAGAGCCAACACAGGCAUCUCAAGGGCAGGAAGGAGUGGGGGAGAGAGGAGUGCCGAAUCCUGCUUCUGCAGAUUUGAGACAAAUCAAAGGCCCUGGCGUGGUAACAACAGUGAAUAGUGAAGCAAGCAAGUAA